AUGCCUUCUUUCAUCUCCAUCGCUUCUACUGCAUUGCUGUGCUUGUCUACAGCAAGUGCUUCACCUCACAAACCCGUUCAGACGCAAACGAUUGACCCUUUUUUCUACAAAGGGUUUGAUCUGUCUUCUUUGCAUAUCCUCGAGCUCGGCAAUGUUACCUACAAAGACACCGCAAGGGGUAACGCUACAAGACCUGCUGAGGAUAUCCUUGGUGACGGUGGGAUGAAUACAGUAAGACUGAGGAUCUGGGUCAACCCCGAACCUGGACAAUAUGACUUGGCAUAUACAUUGUCGCAAGCCCAGAGGUUUUCCAAAAAGGGCUAUCGUAUCUAUCUCGACUUUCACUUUUCGGAUACCUGGGCAGAUCCCAACAAACAAUUCACGCCCGCCGCCUGGACGACUAGCAGUGUUUCUGCUCUGGGUUCAGAUUUGCGCCAUUAUGUCAAGACUACUUUACUAGCAUUCAAAGCCGGAGGCGUGGAUCUUUCUCUUGUUUCUCUGGGAAACGAGAUUCGUCACGGUAUGCUCUGGCCCACUGGAUAUGUCGACGUCGAUACUUUUCCCACUUCAGCCAGGAUCGCGAAUUUUAGCUCGUUGGCUAGUCUGUGGUCCUCUGCUCGCAAGGGCGUCGACGAUGCAGUCAAAGCUGGCGUCAAGAAACCUGCCGUCAUGAUCCAUAUCGACGAUGGUUGGAACAAGACUUUGCAAUUGAAUUGGUUUGAAGCUUUGACUGGUAGUGGCAAGGUCGAAACUGGAGAUUGGGAUGUCUUUGGCUUUUCCUUUUACCCGUUUUAUGGUACUGCUGCUACACUGGAUAAUCUCAAGGAUACACUCAACGCUGUGGCUACGAAGUAUCAGAAACCUGUCCAUGUGGUGGAGACGGAUUGGCCUGCCAUCUGUGAUGGAGCCACGGCGCCAGAGCUCAGCGAUACUUCUGUGCCCAUCAGUGCUGCAGGCCAAACUGAAUGGGUCAGGGAUAUUGUUAGUGUGGUCAAGAAUGUUGCUGGUGGGUGGGGCAAAGGAGUCAAUUACUGGGAGCCGACUUGGUUGAACAAUACUGGAUUGGGCAGUGCGUGCCAAGAUGCGAUUUUGUUUUCUGCUGAUUGGAGUGGGUGGCCGAAUAAGAUUCUAGGGUACUCGAGGAGUAGUGUUGAUAUGUUUGCUGGUAGAUGA